AUGGAUACGCAGCACCCGCUUCCCACACCAUCUGCUACGGGCAGUCCGGCAUUUCAGGGUCUACCAUCAUUAGAGACUCUGGGAGAAUCAUCCUUAUUUGAUUUUGGAAAGCAAAAGGAAGAUACUUCGAGCGGGGAGAUUAUAAACCAAUUUAUAUCCUCUUCUGGUCAGACGGUGCAGUUGCAAAAGAAGAAGAUGAGGAAUGCCAACGAAACGGCGUCUGGCGAGUUUUCCGUGGCUGGUGCCUAUUCUAGUAAUGGACAAGAAUGGAAGGGUGAUGACUCGUAUGGUAUAAAUAUUAACAAUCUGCUAGAUGCAAUCAGUGCUAAAAGCAACAAUGAUGAAGAGAGGGCAAAUGUACUCUCUAGUACUAACUCUAAGAAAAGACCGCAAAAGUUGUGGGUAGAGAAAUGGCGGCCUAAAUCUUUUAUAGAUCUUGUGGGAAACGAGAAGACGAAUAGACGAAUAUUGGGAUGGCUAAGACAAUGGUCAUAUGCUGUAUUCAAAGAGCAAUUGCCAGAAUUACCCCAGAAGACUCACAAUAAUGAAGUUACUGUUGACAUGGAUCCUCUACAAAGACCAAAUAAGAAAAUUUUACUCAUUCAUGGACCUCCAGGUAUCGGUAAGACCUCCGUAGCUCAUGUUGUCACCAAACAGGCUGGAUUUUCCGUGGCAGAAAUCAAUGCGAGUGACGAAAGAGCCGGCCAAUUCGUAAAAGAUAAAGUCCAUAACACAUUAUUCAACCAUACCUUUAGUGAUAGUCCCGUGUGUCUUAUUGCAGAUGAAAUUGAUGGAAGUGUUGAAAGUGGGUUCAUUAGAGUAUUAAUUGACAUUAUAAAUAAAGAUAACAAAGCUACAAAUAGGUUGAGAUAUUUGGCAAAUACACAAACAAAAUCAAAAGAUAAGAAAAGAAGAAAGAAUCUUCUUGUUCGUCCAAUUAUAGCCAUUUGUAACAAUCUUUAUGCACCUGCAUUGGAAAAAUUAAAACAACAUUGCGAAAUAAUAUCGUUUAAACGGCCUUCUGAUAACGCAUUACAGGAGAGGUUGGAACAUAUCUGCAGUAAAGAACGUUUAGAUGUUCCAAUAAAAACCAUAAAUGAUCUAAUUGACUUGGCUCAAGGUGAUGUCAGAAAUUGUAUAAAUAAUUUGCAAUUCAUGGCAACCAACUCAGGAUCUCUGAACCAAAUUUCACCCGAGAAAAACGACAGUUCUUCUUGGGAUACAAAUGGUAAAGAUAUUUCCAUAUCAUGGUUUAAACUUGUGAACCAGAUCUUUAGAAAAGAUCCGCACCGAAGCCCUAAAGAUCAAUUUAGCGAUUUGUUGAGGCAAGUUGAAAUGAACGGCAACUAUGAUAGAAUUUUAUAUGGUUGCUUUACUUUAUUCCCAUCUGUUAAAUAUUCAGAUAUUGGUGUUAUGAAGCCUGCCGAAAUUUCAGAUUGGUUGUAUUUCCAUGAUUUAAUGUUCAAAUCAUUAUUCGAGCAUAAUGGUGAGCUUUUACGUUAUUCCUCGAGUGUUCCUUUAAUGUUUUUCCAAAAAUUUGGUGAUAUUGCCAAUAAGACUGAUCUUAGGGUUAAAAACAUGGAUUUUGAACAAAGAGAGGUUACAAGAGCCAAUUUAGAUAUUGUAAAUUCAAUAUGUCAAGCUAUCAAAACAGAGUCUCCUGGUAUGGCCGCUUUUAUUCAUAGAACAUCCCUAAUAUUUGAAGUACUACCUUAUGUGGAUUAUAUGAUUUCGACUGAUUUAACAAAAAUCAAAAAUGUUAAAGUUAAAAACAUUAUCAUAGAAAAUUUAUUGGGGAUACUAAAAAACAUGCAACUUACAUUAGCAAAUAUGAACGAUGAUUCUUCUGAAUUCAGAACCGUUCUAGGCGUGACACCACCUAUUCAUAAGGUUGCCUUACUUGAUCAAAAGCGGAUGAAAGAAGCCAUGAAUAAAAGAACAGGAAACUUCCAACUACUGUUGGCAAAAUCUGAAGAGAAACGUGUGAAAAAAAGACAUUUAGAUCAAGUAUUAAGGGAAAAAUCUAUACAAGAAGAUGCAAGGAAUAAAAGAGCUAAAGUUUCUAAUAAUGCAGGUAAUACAAUCGAUUUCUUUAAAAGUCAAUACGCAUCUAUGAAGAAAAAUAGUAAUAAUGAAGAUGACUCUCGUCCGGUAAGCAACUCUACAAAAGGAAAACUUUCUUUUAUCAGCGCAAAUAGUAAUGCAAAAGAGGAAGGAGAUGAUGAUAAAGCAGGUCAUAAAAAUAGAAGCAGCGGUGAAAACUCUAGAAUGUGGAUAAAGUAUAAGGCUGGUUUUUCGAAUGCCGUCAGGAAAAAUGUAACAUGGAAUUCUCUCUGGCAGUAA